AUGGCAUCUAGCGGACGUUCCGAAGAGACUGAAGUACUUUGUCAGCAUAUAGAUACCGUAACAUCUAAAAUGGAGCAAAUCCUCCUCUUAUUCAGCCCUGGAUCUGACUUCGUUAAGUGCUUUGAUUCAGGUGAAGGUAAAACAUGGGCUACCUAUGUUCAGCAAUACACCAACUCUAUUACAAUGAAGACGGAUGCACCUAAGGUUCCAAGCGGAUCUUCAAUGAACAAGUGGCUCGCGUCAAUGUAUCCAAAAAUCAACAAGAUUGCAGCAUCAAUCAAGUAUAUUGGUCAAUGGGCCACGCUUUCCAUCUACCAACUCAAGCUAGCCAUCGGUAAAAUCAUAGAACUUGAUAUUCGUUGGAAUCAAAACACAACAAUAACAUUAUGCAAGAUUUUCGUUCAGCUUGUUAAAGUUAUGCUUUUCUUCAACCAAACACAGCUUCUCCGUAAUUACGCUUUAAUUGUUGCCAACGCACCAUCAAAAGAAUUUGUUGGAAUCAGCAAUGACUUUCCUAAAAUCCUCCAUCUUAUGGACAACUGCACAAUCAGUCCAUUCCACUGCCUCGCAGUCAACAUCGAGCCAAUUAAGGGCAAGAUGGCACGCUUAGCUUCAAAUAUCGGAACUUUCAUUGCCAAGCUUUUCGGCGUUUUCCCACUUAUCGAAUGGGAACCAUUUUCCAUAUUUACCAAGCGUACAGCACAGCCUGAGUCUAUGUUACCAGCUGAUGAAUUUAUUAUUCUCCAGAACAUUUCCCUUUUCAAGGAGACAUUGUUCUUCUUCCUUAUGACAUUCCCAGACACAACAUCCAAGAACGAAUGCUUCGGCCUCAUUGUCGAAGCCCUUCUUUCCGAAAUUCCAGUUAUUCCAAUAACUCGUUUAGUUUCCAUCAGUUUGGAUGAUUUCCUCAAGCUCUGCCCAAGCGAUGUCUUCAACAAGACCCUCCUCAACGCAGCCAUCUUGCAGACAAAGCGUAAAUUCAAUACAUCCCACAUCCAACGUAUUAUUCGUGUCACAAUUCUUCUGGAAGACAUCUUAAACAUCUGCAAGUUCAACAUUUCCCUUCUUCCUCCACUCAUGAACUUCAUUACAGCGUUGGGAGGCCUUGCAUAUUACGAACUCGAUACUUGCUUCUAUUUCAAGGAGCCAAGGAACGAGGCCAUGCAUCUUCUUUCAGUUAUCACAGAUAUCGCCGAACUCAUUCGCCUCAACUUCAACUACAUUCAGAGAUUCUUCCUCUUCAACAUCGCUUCUACAGACACACAAUACCUCGAACGCCAGCUCAGCCAAGCAGUCGUUACAGCAUGUUCUACACUCAAAGAAGUAGACAUGUCCAAGCUUAUUACGGAUAUCCUUUCAUCACUUCUCGCUCUCGACCUCGAACAGUUCGAUAAAGGCUACAGAUACGAGUUCACUCCACUUCUCGUCACUCACAGCCACUACUUGUUCAAGUUUGCCGAAAUAAAGACCCGCGAGAGAGUUUCCUUCCUCGAUCCAAUCUUUGAGCAUCUCUCCGUCAUCAGAGAUCACAUUGCAUUCGCUACAAACCCAAUCCAGGCAUUCCUCAACUACGUUCCAUUGCAUACGAUGUGGAAUCACCUCACUUUCCUUGGUACAAUCAUCAGAGGCACUGAGAUACAGAUCAACUACACACCAUCUGUUCUCAAGAUGUUCACAUUCUUCUCCUACGACACAUGCGUUCUCAGACAGCUUGGAAUUGAGUGCCAGAACGUUGUAAAGAAGUAUUCAGAGAUCAGAGGCCAUUUAUUCCUCAGAAUCACACAGAGCAUCACUCAGAAGAUCGACAGCGAGAGCCCAGAAGUGAGAAUUCUCAUGCAGACACACAGUUUCUUGACAGGAAUGUCCGGAUUCAAGAGCGAAGAGUUCUCUCUUCCAAAGGGAUCCUCAAAGAAGAAGAUUGUUCUCAUGAACGCAGACAACAUCGAGAAAACACAACAGAUCGGCUCUUUCUUCGAGAGAGUUCCUCAAUCUGUUGUUCUCCUUAAGAACCCUGAUUACGCUGCGGGAUACUACGCGAACAACAUCACAGAGAACUUGACGAGAUUCAUGUUCCCGAGUGAUGUAACUCCAUCAUUCUAUUACAUGGACAUGGCUUUCACAGCAUCAACAACAUUCAUCUGGCCACUGUUCACAGCACUCGGAUCUUCAUUCCAGAGACGUCUCUUCGAGUACAGAUUGAGAGAAUCAUCGUAUCCGAACCAGAACAAGCUCGACGCACAGAUCCAGUCGAUGCUUGGACUCAGAAAGGAAGAUACUCCAAUCAACAACAACACUUUGAUUCUUAGAAUUGAGAGGACAUACGUUGAAUUCAUUUCUAAGAAGUUCAAGAACUGUUUGUACAUUCCUCCUCUCAAAGGAUUCUGGGGAUUGAACAAUUCCAAGGAUUCCUGCCAGUUCUUCACUCUCGGAAGCAUCGAAUUCCUCAUCAGAUCAUUGGGAAUCAACGCUGGAUUCAGAAUCAACAAACUUCUCACGAUGAAGUGCGUCGAAGCAAUUUCCUCCAUCUUCAGGACAUUCUGCGAUUUGGAGCCACAGAUCAAUUCGUGGUACGACGACAACAGAAGAUACGGAAACAUCAAACCAGAAAUCGCACAGAACCCACACAUUUCUGUCGCAGUUGAGAACAUGCAGAGACUUGGUGUUUGCCUCGCAUUGAGAUCAUUGUUGAGAGAGGCGAUCAAGAAGAUUGUCGACAGGAACUUGCCAGGAUUGACAACAUUGAUCGAUGCAGCUGUCAAGAGGAAAGAGAACUUGGAUCCAAGAGAAGUUCUCAUCAGAGAAAUGCUCUGCGGAGAUACUCCAGAAGUUCCUUUCAUCAGGACAAAGUUGCAGACAUUCAAUUUCAAGAAAUUGAAGAAAUCAUCUCAUUUCUUCUUCUUCUUCGGAAUCCUCCUUCUCUCUCCAACAUUCAACAACGCAAAGUACGAUUCAGCUCACGAUGCAAUCAAGGAGAACAUGCACUUGUUCCCCAAUGCAAUCGCUGCAAUCAUAAGAUGCGCUGACACAAUGUUCGAGGAUCUCGCUGACAGGACUCCUUCAAACCCUGUCUACCUCAAGGGCAUCGAGACAAUGCUCUCAACACUCAGAUCAAUCAUCCACUUCAAGCAGGCAAGCAACGACAAUUCUGCUGCAACAUCAAUCACAGUCAUGGCUUCUCUCUUCCCGAAGGCAAUUCCAUCAAUUCCAUACGCAACAAUCGAUGCUUACUUCCCAUCAAGAACAGUCAACCACGCUCAUUCCGAUGCUGCCUUCGAACAGGCAAACAGACCAAUUACUCAGAUGUAA